AAAGAUAUCACGCAACCAUUAAACUACAGAAAAGGACAGUGUUUUCUUUUCGAUAAACGAGUGAGAAUGGAAACGAAGUGAAUGUUGGUACAUUUGUACUAAGUCAGUGAAUGUUCCACCAACGCGCUACGGCACAAGAUGGUCUCUCUUAGAAACAGUAUAGUUAACGGGGUAGGUGUCCUAUGGUCCAUUCUCGUUUUGGUGGAGACGAAUGACGUCUUGCUGUCCACCGAGGAAGUCCAAGCAAAAUUUAAGGAAGCCGGGAUUGUGAGCGAUCUAAUUACUACGGCACCUAAGCAUGCGAUGGAGGUGGUCUAUAAUACUACUACAGUCAAAUUUGGGAACGAGCUCUCGCGGGAAGAGUUUGAAACAAUGCCAACGAAACUAGGAUGGCCAGCAAAGAAGGGCCGAUACUACACUAUUAUAUUCACAGAUCCAGACGUUCCUAAACGUUCGUUACCGAUUGAUAAAGAAUGGCAACACUGGUUAGUGGGAAAUAUCCCUGAAUGUGACUACCUUAAAGGAGAAGUUCUCUCACCUUAUAUCGGUGGUCUACCUUAUCAUUUGAAAUACCCGCAUAGGUACGUGUUUCUAGUAUACUUACAGCCGGACCCAACACUCAUUAAAUUUGACGAGCCUCGCCUUCGUGAAAAGCCUGUUGAGACAGAGCGAUAUCACUUUAACACGAGUGAAUUCACUGAGAAGUAUAACCUCGGCAUUCCCAUCGCGGGAAACUUUUUCGUAGCAGGGUUCGAUCCGGACCCGACGCCAACUAUACCACCGAUCCUUAGAGGAUUCUUAACAACAGGUGGAGAACAGAUGCAAGACAAUACGACGACUCCGAAAACAAGCUACAAUAUCCUUCAAAAUUCGAUCAACAUUUUUCUCAUGGAGGUUUCUUUUAAGGACUCCAAACUAGGAAACGAAAUCAAGCACCCGCUUAAGAAAAUCUCGUUUUUCAAUGAGGCAUGCUUCAUCACUGCAAUUACAUUUUUUUGUUAUUGCAUCAAAGAAUCUGUUUCGGAAAUCAAAUUAGAGCCAACGAAAAUGAAAAAUGAUUUAAAUAGGAGUGGUAUCGUUCCCGAUAUUAUUGAUGUAUUCCCUGAAAAUGUACUCCAGAUUGAAUAUGAAAACCACAAGGAGGUGGCUUUUGGUAAUGAUAUGUCACGCUGGGAUACGUUUGAUCAACCGGUAAAAAUAUCAUACCCGGCGGAACCAGAUGCCUACUAUGCCUUAAUUAUGACAGACCCGGAUUGUCCUUCGAGAGAAAAUCCAACUCACCGAGAAUGGCAGCAUUGGAUUCUUGUUAAUAUUCCCGGGGCGAACUGGACUCAAGGUUUUUGCCUGACGGAAUACAUUGGGAUUCUAGGUUACUACGAACAUGCUAUUCACCGUUAUGUCUUUCUUUUAUACAAACAACCCGGGAAGUUGAAAUUUACAGAAAGAGUGUUGGACCCCCGGCCCGUCGAAAUGUUGCGGUAUAAAUUUUCCACAAGGAAUUUUGCAAAGAAGUACAAUUUUGGUGACCCCCUUGCCGUCAAUUUUUUCAUGUCAGAGGCAGUUCUGAAGAGCACCACCGCAGCUGUAUGAUCAGAGGCAGUUUUCUAUCAUAACUGCAGCCAGAGGAUGGUCGUAUGAGACAGAGCACAAAAUUCGAUAAUUUUGAAUUAUACUGGCUCAAAGGACUUUGAAAAACUGUAAAACUUUUUGACAGUCUAGACUCCGGGUUAAGGCAAAUUUUUUUCCAGUGUAGCUAUUACGGGUUUUGCCUCUAUCUGAUGAGGAAUAAUCGCAAUUUUCAAACAUAAAUAUCACCGCCAAAUUAUUACGUCAUUAGUAAUACUCA